AUGCUGGGGACCCUCUGCACUCUCAUCACUGCUCUCACAUGUGUGAGUGGUGUGACGGUGGUGACACAGAAGCCUGUUGUAGCCGUGACGACAGGAGAGACAGUCUCCAUAGACUGUAACCUCGGGACUGUUACUAACAGUGAUGCUCGCUGGUAUAAACAGAUUCCAGGAGGAGUUCCUCAGUUUCUAAUACGUUUUCAUCGCGGCGACAGCUCUCCAACAUAUGGCACUGGUUUCUCAUCUCCAAAGUUCACAUCUACUCAUCAGUCAACUACAGAUUAUCGUUUGACCAUAAAGAACAUCGAGGAGGGAGACUCAGCCGUCUAUUACUGUAACACAUGGGACACCUCUGUUAAAGAGCACGUAUUCGGACAAGGAACCAAGCUGAUUGUGACAAGCUCCAGCCUCCGUCCUCCCGUCCUCACUGUCUUUCCUCCGUCCAGUGCUGAGCUGCAGUCCAACAAAGCCUCUUUGGUCUGUCUGUCCAGUCAGUCUGGGCCUUUUGCAGAUGUGACCUGGAUGUCUGGAGGGAGUCCAGUGGUCACUGGGAUCUCUACCAGCACCGCUGUUAAGCAACCUGAUCAGACGUUCCACAUCAGCAGCUAUCUGGCCAUCCAGGCGUCAGACUGGAACAUGGAUAAGGUUUACACAUGUAAAGUGUCUUUGGGCUCCCAGACUGCAGAGAAAAACAUCAAGAAGUCUGAGUGCCUCACUGAACAACAGUAGA